AUGACUUGGGAAAAAUUGAAACUGAUUUUGUCGAUUAUUUACGAUCUGUUCUUUUUAUUGAUAAAUAUUCCCUGGGAAAUUUUCAAGAAGUUCAAUCCAAAUAAAUGUAAAUAUAAAACUGGUGAACAACAUGAAAAGGAUAUAAAUGAGAUCGCAAAAACAAUCGCCAAUAUAACAAAGAAGAAUCCAAAUAUCGAAAUCGUUUUAGAUCGUCAAUUAGGUGAAGGACAUUCAUCAAGAUCAACUGAAUAUAAAAAAGGCAAAUUUCGUAUAAAUAUUUCCUCAUUAAAUUCAAUUAUUGAAAUUAAUUCCAAAGACAAAUAUGUUGAUGUUGAAUCAUUGGUCACAUUUGAAGAAUUGUGUAAUGAAACACUGAAAUACAAUUUGCUGCCUUGUGUUAUUCCUGAAUUUAAAUCGAUAACACUUGGUGGUGCCAUUCAAGGAAUUGCGAUUGAAAGUUCAUCAUUUAUUCAUGGUACUUUUGAUAAAACAGUUCUUCAUGCAACGCUAAAUAACUGGAAAUGGUCAAAUAAUCAAUUCGAAUGA